CUUUGAGGAAUCCAAAUUCCAAAUACUGUCGCGGUGUUGCUGGUGGUUUUUCGUGCGUCAAUCCCCGGCAGAAAUCGGCCUGAAAAACGAUUCAAAUGGCUGCGGGGAGAGCGAUUCAUCAGUUGUUGAAGAGGAAACUUCAGACCCAAUAUACUGCCCCUCCGGCAUUGUCAUCGCUUAUAUCAAAGCAGGAUCAAGAUGGAUCUGGAUCCGCUGGCAUGAAGUCGCUUAGAGUGUUUGCACUCCUUGGAGCAGGUGUUUCUGGGCUAUUGAGUUUUGCAGCAGUAGCAUCUGCUGAUGAGGCAGAGCAUGGGUUAGAGGCUCCAAAUUACCCCUGGCCUCAUGAAGGAAUUCUCAGUUCAUACGACCAUGCAUCGAUCCGUCGUGGUCACCAGGUGUACCAACAAGUUUGUGCAUCUUGCCAUUCGGUGUCUUUACUUUCAUUCCGUGAUCUUGUGGGAGUGGCAUAUACAGAAGAAGAAACCAAAGAUAUGGCUGCCGAGAUUGAGGUGGUCGAUGGGCCUAAUGAUGAAGGUGAAAUGUUCACUCGCCCUGGUAAGACGAGUGAUCGUUUCCCUCAGCCAUAUCCAAAUGAACAAGCAGCAAGGUUUGCUAAUGGAGGGGCAUAUCCCCCAGAUUUGAGUCUUAUCACCAAGGCUCGCCACAAUGGUCAGAACUAUGUAUUUUCCCUCCUAACUGGCUACCGUGAUCCUCCUGCUGGUGUUUCGAUUCGAGAAGGGCUACACUAUAAUCCGUACUUUCCUGGAGGGGCAAUAGCUAUGCCCAAAAUGUUGAUUGAUGGAGCUGUCGACUAUGAGGAUGGUACCCCUGCAACAGAGUCUCAGAUGGGGAAAGAUGUUGUGACAUUCUUGUCCUGGGCAGCAGAACCAGAAAUGGAAGAGAGGAAACUGAUGGGAUUCAAAUGGAUGUUUCUGCUGUCACUUGCACUUCUCCAGGCUGGUUAUUACCGUCGCUUGAAGUGGUCUGUUUUGAAGUCUCGCAAGUUGGUCCUUGAUGUUGUUAACUGAUCUCACUUCGAGUUUUGUCAGUGGACUUGAAUUGGCAAUAAUUGGUGUAGAUCUAGUUUUGCUGUAUUGAUAGCAAGAUGGCCUAGGCUGCAGUGGUGUAUGGAGAUCUGAGCUGCCAUGCUGACUAUUCUUUUGAGGGAGGAAUAAGCUCUGCUUUCUAUACAUCACUAUCACAAUUUUUUUUUCAUUUUUUUGCCAAGAAUUUGUGAAUUUUUUUUCAGGUUCAUAUUCCGAUACUUCAAGGCGGUUGGAAUGCUGUUCUUGUUGCUCUUUCAUUUUAGAGAUAUUAUGAGAUUGAAAGAUCAAAGCAUCAUCUGUAAGUUUAGUCUUUCAUAAGGAAUUGGAAGAGGUUGAUGUGUAUGAGUGUGCUGUACUCUUACCUUGUAGAGUUAUGUUCCUUGCUCCCUAGUGUCAAUGCACUGGGUUUCGGAUGCCGGCUAGGUGCCCUGUUCAGACUUCAUUCUUGCAGGGUGAUUAAAUAAAGGGCUAAUCUGUUUGUAACCA